AUGCCUCGCAACGGAGACGGUUCUUCUGACAACGGCCCCUUUGAGGAGGCUGAGCACAACAUUGUGCACGGUGCUGGCAAGCCUGACACUGACCGUGUCGACCGUGCCGACAAGACCGCUGACCUCCCCGAGGGCAAGGACGAGGAGGGCCUCGCUCUCAAGGACGCCAACGCCAGUGGUGGUCAGAGCCAGGGCCUCAAGAAGGGCGACAAUGUCGGCCAGGGAAACUAG